AUGCAUUCAACCCGCUCGUUUCCCGUCGAGCGUCUUGGCCAGUAUGACACUCAGUACUUUCAAUCUCACCAAGUCGAAAACAACGGCGAAGGGUUUAUCAAGGUUUACGAUCAGAAUUCUUCCGACGAAGACGACCCCGACGAAGCAGAGAUCUCUCAUAACCAUUCAUCCCCGAUCGACGACCACUCGUCUCAUCCCGCCGAUUCACCCGAGCCAUCCUACGAGAAAGCUUGUCAACCUACCUUACCCCCACUAUCCUCUCAUCGAGCAAAACCCAAGAGGAGUGACGAAAGAGCACGGCAAUCCAACGAACCACCCGAUCAACACCGGCAACGGCAUCACUCCAAGGGCACAAGUCGGACGGUCGAUAAUAACCCAAGGAUCGAGCCGAGCGAGAUCGAGGAACUCUUGUCCUACUACUUCAGAACCCUCUCCCCGCAUGCACCGAUGAUCAACGAGUACCAAUUCCUCUAUCUCACUCGAAAACAAUCUGAUCCCAGCCAGGCUCACCCCCGCUCCAUCCUCGGCUCAUCAUCCCAUUCGAAAUUACUCGUCUAUACCCUCUGCGGCCUCGCCGCAAUGAACCAUCAAGUAUCCUCUGACCUCCGCCUGCGUGUCCGUCGGACGAUCGAGAGUUUCUAUCGCUACAACGAGAUCCUUGCCCGCUGUGAUAUCAAGUCUAUCCUUGGUCUCUUGGCCAUCGGCUUCUCCCUCGAAUUCGAAAUUCCUGAGGCUGGGAGAAUCUGCUGGAACGCCGUUGGAACGGCUAUUCGGAUGGCUCAAAGUUUGGGCCUCCAUCGCCCGAUUGAGUCCACCAGACAUUCCAUCGUUCAUCAGGAGCUGAGACGUCGAGUGUGGUCCUGUUGCGUAAUCACCGAUCGAUGGGCAUCUGCAGUCUUCGGCUUGCCCAUGGCUAUCGAUCUGUUAGAUUCCGAUAACCAUCUGACUUUAAACGAUCCUGAGUAUUUGCUUCAUCUUCAACAAGAUGAUCAACUUUACCUAAGCCAUUUCGCUCUCCAGUCACUCUCGAUUCUUCUUGGGAAAAUUUUAAAAAGCUUAUAUACGCCUUCGGGAAUCACGUAUCUCAAAGAUGAGUUGUUGAUUAGCUUGAUGAAUGAGCUUGAAGAAUGGCACUCUCGAUUAGCGAUCAUCAGCGACCCGAAGAAUCUCGGUUACCUCUGUCUAGCCGCCGUAUCCGUCGAGUUCCUCCUCUUUCGUCCGUUCAUGAGAGCCGAGCCUUCGGGCCCGAAGUCCCUAAAGUUUGAAAUGGUAGAAGAAGACUUCGAUCGGUUGAUUUCUCGCGCCCGGAAGGCCAUCAACUGGGUGGACUCAAAUUCGUACAUUCUCGAGGGCCAGAUCAUUGGGCAGUAUAGCUUCUUUGUCUCUUGUCUAGUGCAGUAUCAUUCUUACAUCGGUCAGGGAAGUUUAGAGGCUCUUGAUGCCCUCGGCCAAGCCACCAAGGUAGCUAAGAGUGUACAAAACCCGGACUGUUUUGUGCGCAACCGGGUGCAUGAUAUCGUCCAGGCCCUGUUCUCGACGGCAGUGACUAAUCGACAAGAGGUUGAGAGGUCCCGCCUCGCACGCUCCUCACAGCUGGGUCCGGGUCCUCCUCAUCAGACGGAUACCCACAAGGCCAACGAUUCGGUCCUUGCUCGGUCGCUCGCCCCCGUCGAUGGCCUUGAUAAUACAAACCUUGUUAACCACUCCCAGCCUCCGGACCUUGCUGCUCAGGUCAAGCUCACCAAGCAGCCCAUGUGGUGGUGGGACAUCAGCGGGAUCUAUGAUAUCAAUUCCACGUUCGAUGCGCUCAGCGAUGCACCCUUCAGGUGGGACGGGCUCAGCCAUCCAACCGGCUUGAUCAAUUGGAAUUCGUGGUGUGGCUCCUUAGAAAACACAAUCGCGGGUUCUCAGAGCACCAACCAGCACCAGUCAACUCUUCCACAACAACAGCAAAUAGGACAACACGCCCAAAUCGACCCGGACAGGGUGCAAGAGAAUGGCCUCGAAGGGAGGCUCGCUAUGCCCACCUCGAUGGGCUGCUCUGGCUCGGCCCAUAUGGAACCGUGGGGCCCCGCAAUGUGCGUCCCCCCGGCGACCAACAGCAUUCCAACGUCCCUCCCGCUGCCCGAGCAUGCAAGGGCGAGCGCAUUUGAGCCUGGCCCAAUUUCUACUUCCGUCUCUUCAAUCCACCAGCCGGUCUACCAAAACUUUCUGAACAACACCGGUCCCGAGGUACUGGGCUUCCCCGGCCAGAACUUCGGGCUCCCACCCACCUCUUCUUCGGCGCCGCCUUCUCAGACCGGCUUUCAGCUCUUAUCUUCCGAUCUCCAUCAGGUUCAUCACCCAAACCUCAUCAAUCAUCAACGUAGAUUUUCGACUCCUGUCGAACAAGACAACCUCGGCCAACCACGCCUCGCCUCUUCCUCCUCCUUUCUCAUCCCCCAUUGACCCUCUUUCGCCUUCUCUUUUUGCCUUAAUAUCAUGUUUUAAUACUGAUGGGAAUUCGUAUUUUUUAGUAAUAUACCUUAAAAGCAUUUUUUUUCUUGACCCCGAUCAUAAUAACUGUUAGUUUCUUGACAAUUUUUUUUGUUUGACCUACAUGUAUUCAUAAAUCAAAAGUGGGUCUUAGAUGGUCGUCAGAUGCUCGGCUGUUGAUUGUGUGCACAGAUCUGAUACAAUCGUCGCCGGCGGUCCUCACUCAUACCUCUCUCUCUCUCUCUCUGUCUGUUUGUUCUUGCUCGGGCCGGAAGCCCAUCAAGGAAAUAACGGCAAAUUUCAACUUGUAUGUGUUUUUACCGCUUGGUUCGUUUACAUAUCCUUCCCUGCUCAUCUUUGUGUCUCGUCAUGUUUAUAAUGUGUUCAAUGUGUUGCAUACUGUUUAUCUUGAUAACUUACUUGUGGGACUGUUUGCUUAUUGAAAUAUUACAACCAAAUUAAACUAUAA